AUGCGUCUCCUAUCGACCCUUCCCCCUCUUGGCACGUCACCCUUUGCUUCCUUCUCGUUCGCGUCGCUAUCCCCGCCUACCGCUCCCCGUGCGGCGCACUCCUUUAAGACUACCGAAUGUCAUCAUUCGACCACUACUCGAGACUUUCACUGCUUUGUCACCCCACCCCCAGCUCCGCCAGAACGAACCACCACUUCUCAAAGUCAAGGCCGUCGCUACUCCAUGGCUUCCCCGUUCCCAAGCAGACCCACCUCUAUCGACGGAGUCCACUUCGUCCAGAGGAGGGACCUCAACCCACUCCGUCAUCGCCCGCACAAGUUUGCAAUCUACUUUUUCAAUGCACUCCGAGCCACCGCCCUGUUCCGCAUCUGGCAUAUGCUCGUCUUCCUCGGAGGAUGGGCAGCCAUGGUGGUUCUCGUUUCCGAGAAGACGAAGGCGGACCUGGGCAUCCCCACAACCAUGAUCACUGUGCGUGUCUUGCUCGGUCUCACCCUCAGCUACCGCACUUCAUCGGCGUACGAGCGGUACCAAGAAGGGCGCAGGAUGUGGGCUCUGAUCAUCCUUGCGUCGCGCAACUGGGCCCGCACGGUCUGGUUCCACUGCCCCGACAGCAUGUCAGGCAACCCUCCGUCGGACCCUCAAGCGAAGGCUCAGGACGAGGCCCGCGCAGUCAUUGAGAAGAAAACAAUCGUACAGCUUGCUCUCGCCUUUGCCGUCUCGGUCAAGCAUUACCUUCGAGGAGAGGAGGGCAUCUACUAUGAGGACCUCUUCCAUCUAGUCAACUUCAUUCCCAGCCUCGACCUCCCGUCCGGUAUGGCCAUGGGCAACGCCACCAUCCAGCCUGAUUUGCCUUCACUCAGCUCCAACCACCCGGGGUACCACACCCGGCCGAUGAGCACUCUGAGCAAGGAGCCUACCUACGUCUCUCCCGAGACUCCGGGGUAUCUACGACCCGCCGACGAUGCUCCCGGAUUCGAUUGGAGUUCCCUGUUCAGGUUCCACAAGAAGAACAAGGUCGCCGACGAGGAGAAGGCGCGGCAAGCGCAGCGCGUCGAGACUGCCCCGAUGCCGUUCGGCUGCAAUAACAUCCCUCUCGAGAUCACGAUGUUCAUGUCGAGCUGGGUUGCGACGAUGGAGAAGCGCAAGGUCAUCGGUGUCCCUACCAUCAACCAGCUCAACCUCUGUCUGAACCAGCUGAACGAGGCCUUGGCGACUCUCGAGCGCAUUCUCACCACUCCCAUUCCCUGGUCGUUCAACGCCCACAUCUGGGAGAUCAGCUGGAUCUACUGCCUCGCGCUCCCCUUCCAGAUCUAUGGAGGAGGUUUCGGAUACAUCAGCAUUCCGGCCACCGUCAUUGUCGGCUACAUUAUCAUCGGCUAUGCCUCCAUCGCUGAGGAGAUUGAGCAGCCGUUCGGCUACGACCGCAACGACCUGAACCUGGGUUACUUCUGUCGCCACAUCAUCGCCCGCGAGCUCGACGCAAUUACCGCUCGCCCCCUGGUCGACCCGGACGAGUACGUCUUCACGAGCAAGAACCGGCCCUUGGGAGACUGCGAGCCGAGUGCAGACCGCCUGGUGGAGAAGAGCGUCGAGGUCAUUCGCAGUCGUCUCGCGGUCACGGGUCUCGUCGGCAGCGCCACGACCGCCAAGGCCUCCCUGGCCUACCCCGAGACACAGGGCAACCUCGCAAACGGCCCGCAGAGGAACGAUACCAGAACAUCCCUGUCGUACGCGCAGAAGACGUCGCCCCUCGCCUGUGUCCCGCCGAUGUGCUCCAGCUCCUCGUCUGACUAA